CAUAAGAUUAUUAUUUUUUUUGGGUUAUUGACCGUUGGAAUUUAUUUUUUUGAAAUGGUUCUCUCUGAUGGUGGAAGUGAAUGGUGGAGGAAACUUCCGCAAUGGAAUUGGUGUAGGAGCAAGGAACACAGCAGGAGGAUUAGCCUUAUUAUGGGACAGCAAUGUUGAUUUUACUCUGAAAUCAAUGUCUCAAAAUCAUAUUGACGGUGUUGUUAAGCACGAGGAUGGCGAAAAUGUGUGGCGCUUUACAGGGUUUUAUGGGUGGCCGGAAGGGGAGAAUAAGAGUCGGUCGUGGGAUCUUUUGAGAAACCUACAUAAUCAGAUGAGUAUGGCUUGGGUGGUCAUGGGUGACUUUAAUCAGGUAGUCUCUGGGAAUGAGAAAAGAGGGAAAAGGCUUGAGGAUGAAAGGGAUAUGCAGGCUUUUGCAAAUGCUCUGUCGGAUACUGAGUUGGAGGACCUGGGCUUCGUCGGGUACCCGUUUACUUGGGACAACGCUCGGACAGGGGAGGCCUUUACUGAAGAGAGACUAGACCGGGCGGUCUGUAACCAAGAUUGGGCCCAAGCCCACCCCUUAGCUCAGGUAAGGCACCACGAAAGGCCUUAUUCUGACCAUAGAGCUGUAAUUUUGGACACGGAAGGGAUUGAGGGAGAACCAGUGCGAUGGGGGUGGAGGUUCAAGUAUGAAUCGUAUUGGGAUGACGAGGAGGAAUGCAAGAAGAUAGUGGCGGAAGAAUGGGAAAGAUGUAGUUCGCUGGAGACGGCGGAGCGGUUGAGGGCUUGCGAGCAGAAAUUACACGAGUGGAGCAAGGAGAAGUUUGGAAGCUGGAAGGAGAGGUUGAAGAUGGUUGAAAAAUCCCUAGCGGAGCUGGAGCGGAAACCCAGAGGAGAGAAUUGGAUCCAAGAAAGACGCAAUCUGGAGGCUGAACGAGCUGGGAUCCUUGUUCAAGAGGAGAAGAAAUGGCACCAACGAUCGAGAAUAUCCUGGCUUGGCUAUGGGGAUAAGAAUUCGAGUUUAUUCCAUAGGAGGGCGACUGAAAGGAAGAGAAGGAAUACGAUCAGAAAGCUUAUCAGUGAAGAUGGGCGGGUGUGGCUGGGUCAAAAUGAGGUCAGUGAUUGUUUGGUUGAUUACUACUCGCAUAUGUUUGAAAGUCAGGGAGAUGAAGGUAGGGAUACUAUCACUAGUACGAUCCCUCGACGAGUGACUUCGGAGAUGAACGACUGGCUACGGCGACCGUUUACAGUGGAGGAAAUUGAGGAUGCUCUGCGACAUAUGGGACCGUUAAAGGCUCCCGGGGAGGAUGGCUUCCCGGCAAUUUUCUAUAAAAGGAACUGGGAUGUGAUCAAAGAGCAAGUGACCGAGGAAAUUCUCCAGGCUCUCGCAGAAGGGAAACUACCACCGAAGAUGAAUCGAACUCUGAUCUGCCUAAUUCCAAAGGUGAAGAAACCAAAGUCACCGAAGGAUUAUCGGCCGAUAAGCUUGUGCAACGUCUCGUACAAAAUCCUAUCAAAAGUCUUGGCGAAUCGGCUCAGAACCAUCCUUCACAAACUGAUUUCGGAAACACAGAGUGCCUUCGUACCAGGGAGGUCGAUCUUCGAUAAUGUCCUGGCAGCGUUCGAGUGCUUUCACGCCAUGAAGAAGAAAGAAAGAAGGGUGAAGCGAGGGUUCUUUGCGGCAAAGUUGGAUAUGGCGAAAGCUUACGACCGGGUUGAGUGGCACUUUUUGAGGAGAGUCAUGGAGAAGCUGGGGUUUGAGAGGCACUGGAUUAAUAUGAUUAUGGAGUGUGUGUCAACUGUGACAUAUUCUGUUCUGGUGAACGGCCACCAGACCCGAUCCAUCACGCCCAGCAGGGGACUCCGGCAGGGAGACCCGAUUUCACCAUACUUAUUCUUGUUGUGCGCAGAGGGAUUGUCUUCAAUGAUAGAAAAGGCGGAAAGAGAAGGAAGCUGGCAUGGUAUUAAGGUCAGCCAAAGGGGGCCUUCUGUCUCACAUCUAUUGUUCGCCGAUGAUUGUAUUUUCUUUGCCAGGGCAUGUCAUCAAGAGAGUGCGAAGAUAAAGCAAAUAUUAGCUGACUAUGAAAGAGAGUCGGGACAGAUGAUUAACCUGGGGAAAUCGGAGUUGACGUUCAGUAACAAUGUGGGACAGCAAAGAAGGACGGAAAUAGCGCAGCACUUGGGCAUCCGAGAAGUCUCAAAACAUGAAAAAUACCUGGGACUACCAACGGUUGUGGGGCGAUCCAAGAAGGUGGUGUUUGCUUACAUCAAAGAACGAAUAAGAGACAGGAUACAAGGGUGGAAGGGAAGGAUGAUUUCGACAGCAGGGAAGGAUGUGCUUAUUAAAGCAGUGGCUUUGGCUCAAGGAAACUUUGUGAUGUCUGUCUUUAAACUUCCAGCUAGUCUCAUUCGAGAGAUAAACAGUGUGAUUUCGAAUUAUUGGUGGGGUGAUAGUGGAGGGAAAAACAGAAUUCAUUGGAAGAAUUGGAGGUUUAUGGGAAAGGAGCGGGCAGUGGGAGGAAUGGGACUCCGAGAGCUGGAGGCGUUCAACAAAGCGCUCCUCGUAAAGCAAGUGUGGCAACUUUUGCAAAAUCCAAACUCCCUUAUAGGCAGGAUCCUCAAAGCUAAGUAUUUCCCGCACUCGUCGAUCUUGGAGGCUGCGAUGGGUUAUAGGCCGAGCUAUACUUGGCGGAGCUUGCUCUCUGCUCGGGAUCUUGUUUGUAGAGGAAGCCGAUGGCGGGUAGGUAAUGGAACAAGCAUACGUAUUUGGGAUGAUAAAUGGGUGCCGGGACUUGAAGGUAAUAAGCCCUCGCUGGGGCCUCAAGGCAAAAUGGGGCUGGACAGGGUGAAAGAUCUUAUUGAUCAUGGUUCUGGUGAAUGGCGUGGGGACCUGCUGGAGUUGUUGUUCUCCCCUGUUGAAUGUGAAGCAAUAAGAGCCAUUCCGAUCCCCCGGAGUGCGCAAGCUGACGCCAGGUGUUGGGAUUAUACAACUGAUGGCAAGUACACAGUUUGCACGGGAUACAAGUUGGCGGUUGAAGACCCUAUUGAAGAGCCAGGGGUUGAUGAUCAAGAAGAGGAGGCGCCCCAAGCUCCCGUAGCAUGUGACUGGUCAGCCCUUUGGAAGACUCAGGUGCCGCCGAAGGUGAGGUAUUUUCUAUGGAAAGUAAUGCAUGAUAUCCUCCCAACAAUGUGAACCUAAUGAAGAAGUUGGAGGAUAAGAUCAGUGCGGAUUGCCCCUACUGUGGAAUAGCCGAGACCUAGUUACAUCGUUUCAUGGAGUGUGCGUGGUCAAGGCGGAUUUGGCGACUAUCUUUAUGGACGGAUCGAUACACCCAUAUUGAAGAAGAGACGGUACAAGCAUGGCUAAACAGAGUCCUAACCACUGCAGACCAGGAAACGAUUGGAGGGAUUUGUUGUUUGUUGUGGUUUCUUUGGGUGGAACGAAACAAUCAAGUUUUCAAUGGCCCUAAGCUUGAGGAAGAGGAAAUUGCGAGAAAGGCAGAAGCUAUGUUCCGGGAAUAUAAGAGUGAGCAGGAAAAGCUGCAGGUGAAUAGGGAAGGCCUGAACCGAAGAAGAGUACAAUGGGAACCACCAAGUGUUGGGGUAUUGAAGGUGAACACGGAUGCAGGGUGCUUUGGCAACGAAGGAACCAGCCUAGCGAUGGUAGUCAGAGAUUGGACAGGGGAGUUUGUUUUCGCAGCUGCUAGGAGGGAGACCGAAAAUUGGAGUCCGCCGAUUGUUGAGGGAAGGGCCAUUCUUUUCGCAAUGGAGCAAAUGAAUGAGAGGGAGUUUGGCCCUUAUGAGAUUGAAUCGGAUUGUCUGGUUAUUAUAAACAGGCUGGAAAAACAGAGUGAGGAUCUCUCAGAGUUAGGGACUAUUUGUCAGAUGAUAUGGAAUUCAGACGGGAUGCGUGACUGUCGAGCCUGGAGGCAUACCAACCGAGAAGGAAAUACAGUAGCACACAAGAUUGCUCACUAUUCUAUGCAUGCUUUUGAUUGUAAUAGCUGGUUAGGCUCUCCCCCCUCAUUCGUUUUGAAUGAGUUGUACUCUGAUUUGAGCCAUUUGGCAUAAUUAAUAAACUACAGGAGGUGCGCUCCCUCCUUUCCCUCAAAAAAACAGGAAUAGUUUAAAAGUAAAGCAAUAAAGAAGAGGAGACAGGAAAUCCGGAAAUUCCUUAUUUUAAUGGAUUUUCGCUCCCUUCUUUGUGAUUUCCAUUUUGUCUUAUGAAAUGCCUAAUGUACUUUCUAAUCCAUAUAUUAAGCAACUUCCCAAACAAGUUAAUUUUGUUAGCCCAACAACGAUUAUGACUACAAAUCAAAUCCCACUGUUUACAUAUGAUUUCAAGCCUAGAUGCCACUUUUAAGAUUCUUUCAAUGUCCCAAACAAUCACACAAGUCCUUGUAUAACCCUUUAAGUAAAUAACUCUCGCACAAAAGGUUGAACUAAAGAUCACAAGUUCAA